AUGGCUGGUGGUCAAGGCGUGAAGCGGCGGUCGCGCUCCGCCAUCGAGAGCGACCACGAAGCCGAUAACGUGCGCUUCGAGGGCCAACGCUCGUCCCCAGAGUCGUCCGAUGGCGCAAAGCGCGUGCGCUUACGAGGCGGGCGAGCCACCGAGAGCGAGAUGGACGAGGAGGAAGAUGAAGAUGUUGGUGGGGAGGAGGAGGAGGAUGAGGAUGAUGAGGGAGAAGACCAGUUCCACUCGUUUGUAGACGACAGGAAACAAGAGCCUCAGACAAACGGAACCUCGGCCAUGGAUUUCCAGCCUGGUGCCAUCGUCCGUGUGAUGGUCGAGAACUUCGUGACAUACGAACAUGCAGAGUUCUUUCCGGGCCCGAAUCUGAACAUGGUCAUCGGUCCCAACGGCACAGGCAAGAGUUCGCUCGUCUGCGCCAUCUGCCUCGGCCUGGGUUACCACGCAAACGUUCUUGGCCGAGCGAGUUCCUUUGGCGAGUUCGUCAAGCACGGCAAGGACUCGGCGACCGUCGAGGUCGAGCUCCAGAAGCGGCCUAACGACCGGUCGAAUUUCAUCGUCCGACUGGUGGUCAAGCGCGAAGAUAAUACGCGGAAAUUCUGGAUGAAUGGUAGGGAAUGCACCCACAAGACGAUUCAUUCCCUCAUGCGCGAGUUGAGGAUUCAAAUCGACAACCUCUGCCAGUUCCUUCCGCAGGACAAGGUGGCCGAAUUUGCUGGUCUCAACUCUGUCGAUCUCCUGACCAAGACACUCCAGGCGGCCGCACCAGAGAAGAUGAUGAGGUGGCAAAAUGAUCUGAAAGUCAUGUAUGCCGCUCAGAAGGAAUCCCUGCAGCAGAGCGAAAAAGAUGCUGAGCAACUGGCGCACUUGGAAAUGCGCCAACAAGGACUCCAGGGUGAUGUCGAUAGGCUUCGAGAAAGGGAAGAGAUCCAAAAGACAGUACAGGAUUUGGAAGAUGCCCGUGUUGCCGUUCAGUAUAACGAUGCGCGUAAGAGCUUCGCAGCUGCGAAAGAGCGCAAGAAGAACGCGCAGCUCAAACUUCGAGACUUGGAAAGGGAAUCUGGCCCUUCACUGGAAGCUGUCAAUCGCAAACAGGAGUACCAAGCUCAAGUACAUACGGUGGUAGACGAACGGAAGAAUGCGGUCAAAGAGGCAGAACGCGCCGCUGACAAGCUUCUAUCCGAUGUCGAUAACCUGGAUACCAAGCUCACAGAACUCGACAACAAGAGGGAUGCUAUCGUUAACGCGCUGAAAACGAAGAGGCAGGAGGUCCAAACCUCCAGGAAGAAAAUCACACACCUCGAAGCCUCGCUCAAAAAGGACCACCAAGAGUUCAACCCAGCGGACUGGAAUCGAAAGAUUCGAGAGCAAGAGCAUUUGCUUCGAGAGACUGAGUCGGAGCUUCGCGAGAACCAAACCGUACAACAGCAGGGAAUCAAAGAUCAAGGCCGGGCGAAGAUGGAAGAGCUAAAACACAUUGAGGCCGAUAUUCGAAAUCUCGAAUCCCAGCAGGGCCAGAAACUAAGUCAGCUCAGGAAAAUCUCUCCUGAUUGCGCCAGAGGCUGGGAAUGGCUGCAGGAAAACACGGCACAGUUCGAGAAGGAGGUCUUCGGACCACCUAUGCUCACUUGCUCGGUUAAGGACGAGCGGUAUUCUAACCACAUCCAAUCGAUGCUACAGAAUGAUGACUUCCUCUGUUUCACAGCCCAAACCAGGGAGGACCACAAGAAACUCAGCGGGCAGUUCUAUGGAGCUAUGGGGCUUUCUGUUACCAUCCGCACAUGCACCACUGAUUUCGGUGCAUUCCGGCCACCGUUGCCAUCUGCAGAGCUCUCUGCGCUCGGGCUGAGCGGCUAUGCCUUGGACUAUCUGGAUGGGCCAGAGCCCGUUCUUGCCAUGCUUUGCGCAGAGAAGAAGAUACACAUGUCCGCGGUGUCCUUGAAGGAUAUCAGUGAUGCCCAGUACGAGCGUAUCGUCGCCGGCGAGGUCAUUAAUAGCUGGGCUGCCGGCAGCACGUCAUACCGUGUUACCCGACGGAGAGAGUACGGUCCUGGUGCAACAUCUACGAGAACUUCUGAGAUCAAGCCAGGUAGAUUCUGGGCCGACCAGCCGGUUGACAUGGCCGAGAAGACCGAGCUUGAGCGACGGAAGAUUGAAGCGUCCGGUGAAGUUGCAGAGCUCAAACAGGCUCUUGCAGAUUUGAGAGAGAAGCACGAGGCUCUUGGAGCCACGCAGCUUGAAAUCCGACAGAAACUGGAUGAUUUGAAGAAAGCCAAGAACGAGUUGCAGAAGGAACACAACCAGUGGCUAGCCAUCCCGGACAAAAUUGAAAUGGAGAAGAAGAAUCUUGAAAACAAGUUGGGGGAGAUCCGAGAAGAACGUCAACGAGUUCGAGACAUGGAGAACAAAUGUGACGAAGUUGCCCUCGAGAAGGCCAGAGUAGCACUUCGACACAGGGAACAGUUAGACAUCAUCAAGGCAGCCCAUCGAGACUUACUAGAGGCCCAAGUGCUCCUUAUCGAGGCCAAAUCGGACGUCGCGGGCCUCAAGGAGAGGAACGCAGACAUCGUCAAGAAGCUCGAAGAGGAGGGCCGUGCAGUGGAACAGCUUGGCCGAGAGCUUGAGGAGUGCAAACUCAAGGCACGAGAACUGCUUGGCAAGAUCGAGCAGUUGACCGAUGACGCCCAAAGAAAGGAGGAGCUGUCAAGUAUUGCACAAAACAAAACCGUAGAGGAGAUGGAUGAGUACAUUGCAGCUGAGAAGGCGAAGCUAGAACUGAUCCACGCCGCUGACCCGGGUGUUCUACGAGAAUUUGAGAACCGGGCACAGCAGAUCGACCGUCUCAGGAAACAGAAGGCGGAGAAGGAGCAGGAAUUGGAGGGCAUAGCAGACAAGAUCAGAAGGAUACGCGAGAGAUGGGAGCCCAUGCUUGACGGUCUUGUUUCCAAGAUCAACGAUGCCUUCAGCUACAACUUUGAGCAGAUCAAUUGUGCUGGCGAGGUCGGCGUGCACAAGGACGAAGACUUUGAUAAGUGGGCUAUCGAGAUCAAAGUCAAGUUCAGAGAGAACGAGACGCUGCAAAAGCUCGACCAGCACCGGCAGUCGGGCGGCGAGCGUGCAGUGUCGACCAUCUUCUACCUCAUGUCGCUGCAGUCGAUGGCGCAGGCGCCGUUCCGCGUCGUCGACGAGAUCAACCAGGGCAUGGACCCGCGCAACGAGCGCAUGGUGCACGAGCGCAUGGUCGAGAUCGCCUGCCGCGAGCACACCAGCCAGUACUUCCUCAUCACGCCCAAGCUGCUGUCCGGCCUGCGCUACGACGAGCGCAUGAAGGUCCUCUGCAUCGCCAGCGGCCAGCACAUGCCGCGCGAGGGCUCCAAGCUGGACUUUGCGCGGUGCGUCAAGAUCCGGCGGAGGCUGACGGCCGUUGCUGGGGCGUGA